UCCAACUCGUUUCGAUAGCUUCAAAAUUUAAGUAACUCUGGAAUAAUAUUUCAACAAUAUAUAAAAAUAUUAUAAUUUAAAAAAAUAAAUUAUGUUGGAACCACAAGUUUUGAUAGCAAAAAUGCAGUUGCUGGGUCACUUGUAUGCUGGGAAACUGAACUCUAGAUUCUUGAUAUCUUUCUUCAAAAAUCCCAUUUGCCAGCUGAUGUUUUCCUUUGGUCUGGGCUACUUUGUCACCACAAGGUUAUCGCAAAUGUAUACCAAAUUAAAAGGAAAUGCCAGCGAAUUCUCAACUGACGACAAAUCACCCGAGGAAAACGAGGUUAUUCUUCUGAACAUCAAGCAAUUGGCCGCCUUUAAUGGCCUGAACCCAGAUCAACCAGUUUAUACCGCUUUAAAUGGCAAAAUCUACGAUCUGAGUCCUGACCGGGAGAAGUUCUCCAAGCAAGGUCUCUACUCCCAUUUGGCAGGAUGCGAUGCCAACAAGGUCCUGCAUAUAGCAUGCUAUUCCCUGGGGGUAUGCGAAAAUGAUUUCAUAAAUCGCUGGGAGCAAAGACUCAGGGCCGAAUUCAAUAUGGUGGGCUAUCUGAUAGAUUUGGAUAUGCAGAGUGAUGACGAGGAUACAGAAAUGAUAGACAGAAGUGAAACAAGUGAAACACACACUGAAGAUUAUCGUGGCGACCAAUAAGAAUGAAAAUAAAA